AUGCGCGCCCCACCCGCCAGAAAACUAUGCACUCUCAGCUCCUAUUUCCGUUCACAUUUACAAAACAAUCCCCAAAACCACGUUUCCUCUUUCAAAACAGCAAUUCCAUUUGAAACCCAACACCAUUUCGAUUCUGACUUGAACCUCUCAACCCUUAAACUCCAUGGUCCCUCUCCCUCAGAGGAUAUGCCUGAACUGGGUGAGGCCACCACUCAGCUUUCUUCUAUAUUGUACACUCCUCCGGUAAAGAAGCGUGUUGGUGAGAAAGUUGAUGAUGAAGAAAAAGAGAAAAGCAUAGUGGAAAUACCACUGAUACUAGACUUUGCUCAUGGCGAUACUUCAAUUAAACGGAAGGAGGUAGCACGGGAGAGGAAACAAAAAUGGAUUUUCAAAGACACUGGUGGUGAACGAUCUGACAGGCUAAUCAAAAUUUGUGCAAGAAAACUAGGAGCAACUCCUACAGUUGAUAUGUUUGGCCGCUUGGGUCGAGAAACAGGCCUGAAAGAGUACAAUUCAUUGAUCAGCUUGUGCGUAAAGCAGGCUAGGGAGACUGAUGAUGAAUACGUUGCUACUGAUGAAUUGGGCAAGACUUAUCACCUUUUAAAAUCAAUGAGGGAACGCGGGCUUCAGUUAGAAGAGCAAACGUACCACCCACUUCUUCAGUAUAUAAUUGACAUGGGCUUUGUUCAAGAAUUUCAACUUUUCUAUGAUGUUAUCCAAGCUGGUAAUCCCAGUUCAGUUUCACGAUUGGGUUACUAUGAAAUGUUGCUCUGGAUAAGGGUUAACAAUGAAGAAAUGAUCCGGGAUAUUUGUGAAUACAUUACGGUCGAAGAGAGUAGAGGCACUACUUCUUUACGAGAAAGUUACUUAAUGGCUCUUUGUGAAAGUGAUCGCAAAACACAGAUUUUGGAUGUGUUGAAAAAUAUAGACAUAACAAAGCUUACAUCUGCAAAAUGUAUAUCCAAUAUAUUUCAAUCCAUGGGAAGGCUACAACUGGAAUCAGAUGCGGAGAAUUUACUUUUGGAUUUGAGGGCAUGCGAUUAUGAUGCAGAUGAAAUUUCGAACUUCAUUGCUUGUUAUGCGGUUAAUAUUCCAAAUUUACCGCUGGAAGAUAUCAUUUCAAAAAUCGAGAGUUUGCAUAAUAUUUUGGAAGUUCUCCCUUCAUCCUCAUCGUAUGAAAAGCUCAUUUCGUAUUGCUGUGGUAUGCACAAGGUAGAUGCAGCUCUUGAUAUUGUUGAUAAAAUGUGUGAAGCAGGCUAUAUGGUGUCUACUCAUAUAUUACAAUCGAUAUUACAGAUUUGUGAGGAAACUUAUGAUUAUAUUUUGGUCCAUCGAAUCUAUUCCAUCAUCAGUCGCCAUCACCACCAUUUGGAGUUAAAUGGUCAAAUAUGCAGAUGUUUGAUACAUUUUUGUGUAAGAUUAAAAGAUUUUGAACGCGCAUACAAGAUGGUUAAGGAAUUGAAGGAAAUGAAUUUCAAACCUACAACAGCCAUGUACAAUGCCAUAAUGGCAGGAUAUUUUCGUGAGAAAAACUUCAUUGGUGGCUUGGCGGUCCUCAAACACAUGCAACAUGCCAAUGUAGAACCCGAUUCACAGACUUUCAGCUAUUUGAUUAGCAAUUGUGAAACAGAAGAUGAUAUAAAUAUGUAUUAUGAAGAACUGAAGCAAUUUGACAUCUACCCUACAAGACAAAUUUUUAUGGCCCUUAUUAAUGCAUAUGCAGCUUGUGGCGAAUUGGAGAAGGCAAAACAGGUAGCUCUUGAUUCACGCAUACCAUUAAAGUGCUUAAAUGAAAUUAAGAGUGUUCUUGUCUCAGCUCUUGCAUCUCACGGGCAAUUGUCUGAGGCACUUGCUAUCUACGAGGAGAUCAAGAAAGCUGGACACAAUUUGGAACCAAAAGCUGUUAUAACACUCAUCGAUGAGUUGCGUCAUAUAAGUGGAGAGUUGGAGGGGUUGCUUCUUCUACUGAAGGAGUUGAGUGAUCUAAACUACUGGGUUGACGGUUGCUUCAGGGUUAUUCAGUAUUGUGUUGAGCACCGUCAUUUAAGUUGUGCUGUUGAUCUGUUCACGCAACUCAAGGAUAACUUCGAAAGUGAUGAAACAAUGACAGAAGUUCUUUUCGAUGCAGUGUAUUCUCUAAUCGCGGGAUCCAAGUCCUCACGUUUGCAGUUUGGCUUAGACUUGCUUUGGGCAAUCAAGGACGAGCUCGGGCUUGUUCCUUCAAGGCAGUGUCUUGAUUUUCUUCUAAGUGCCUGUGCCAAUUCAGGAGAUUUGAAUAAUGCCCGUUUGAUUUGGAGAGAAUACGAGGUUGCUGGAUUUCCUUACAAUGUAUUAAGUUACGUGAGGAUGUAUCAAGCACUUUUAGCAUCAGGAGAUCAAAGAUCUGCCGACUUUAUACUCAAGAAAAUUCCAAGAGAUGAUGUGGAGAUUUGUACUGUCAUAUCAGCAUGUCAAAAAACUUACGUUGAUAAAGUUAAAUCAGUAGAAGGGGAGAAGAAGAAAAAGAAUGUUAAAUCAGUAGAAGGGGAGAAGAAGAAAAAGAAUGUUAAAUCAGUAGAAGGGGAGAAGAAGAAAAAGAAUGUUAAAUCAGUAGAAGGGGAGAAGAAGAAAAAGAAUGUUAAACUAGUAGAAGGGGAGAUGAAGGAAAAGAAUGUUAAAUCUGUGGAAGGAGAGAAAAAGAAGAAGAAGAAAAGGAAAGGAACAAAAAAGAAACAAGAGAGUGAGUCUUGA